AUGACCGCUUUACCAAUAGUGGAAACCCAAUCGGGAGAUGUUUCGGUUUAUAUUCCUACUAAUAUUAUUUCGAUCACUGAUGGACAAAUAUUCUUAUCUACUGAUCUAUUCAAUGCUGGAAUCCGACCCGCUAUUAAUGUGGGGAUCUCUGUUUCCAGAGUGGGGUCUGCAACUCAAAUUAAAGCUAUGAAACAAGUAGCCGGUAAAUUAAAAUUGGAACCGGCACAAUUCGCAGAAUUAGAAGCUUUUGCACAAUUUGCUUCUGAUCUCGAUAAAACUACUCAGAAUCAAUUGGCAAGAGGUCAACGCUUACGUGAAUUGCUUAAACAAUCCCAAUCUACCCCUUUCAGGGUAGAAGAACAGUUGAUUAUUCCACCAUAUAAUCCCAAUAGCAACCCCAAAGGAUCUCAUUGGUAUAGGAUAUACGGCUCUUCCUUUUAUCCAACAACUAUUGUCUUCAAACUUGCAUUAAUAAUUUAA